AUGGAUGUUGAAAUCUCAUGGUCAUUUGAAGAUAAAGAUAAUGUAAUUCAGCCAUCUGACUUUGAUACAAUAUGCAUUGUCUCUCCUGACAAUAAGACAAUAUGCAAAGUUACAGAUAAUUAUCUUUCUUUUUUUGAUGCAGAAAGAGAAACCCCAAAACUCAUGAAAAGUAAGAAAAUUGAUCAAAUAUCAUGCAUAGAAACCAUUUCAUCAAAUCCAUGGGUAUUUGCCAUUGGUUUACCAAAUGGAACGAUCAUUUUUAUGAGCGAAACGAAAGAAUUAUUCAGAUUGCAACCUCUAGAACUUAGAUUACGACGUCUUAGACUCUGUAGAUACUAUGGAGGCCAGUUCACGUCAAGUAAACCUGCUUUAAUUGCUCAAUAUCCUCCAGAUAUCGUAAUAAUUCCAUUAGAUGCCAUCGAAGAAAUGAUAAAGAAUCCAAAUGCCGAUAUUACUUCCAAGAUAAACAAAUGGCAUCUCGAAACAAAUUAUUCUGAUGCAAUCUUUGUCGAUUCCAAGUUUUCAACACCAAUCAUGAAUGGUUUGCAUGAAUUUCCUGCUAUUUAUACUAUAGGAAAUAAUCCAUUUUUCAGCGUUUUUUCAGCUGCAAAUUCCGAUUCAACAAUUUCAGUUAAAAAGAUCGUUACUAACUUAUUUAAGUGGAUGGCGUUUACUGAUAACAAUAAGCAAGAAGAAGAAUAUCCAAAGUCAAAGAAACAAUGGAAUCUUCGAGAUGAAGGCAGAGUUACGAGAUCUAUCGAAGCAGACCCUACAGGACGCUGGAUAAGCAUCUGCGAUGGCCAAGGCCGCGUUCUACUUAUUGAUAGCGUAUUUGGUCAUAUGGUCAAAGUUUACAAAGGGCUUAGAGAUGCACAAGUGGCAUGGUCUGAGUCUUCUUCGAGCAAAGAUCCUGUUUUAAUAAUCUAUGCCCCUUACAGAAAAAUGAUUAUCGCAUGUACAACACCAAAUGGCGAAAUCAUCGAUGCUGUUAGGGCAGCACCAGGUGGAAAGCUUAUACAGUUGCACACGCCUAAAUUUGCAGCUGGAUUUCUUGAUGCUAACAAAACUUUUACAGUAUUUUCUGUGAAAUAUGAAAAUACAAAGAAGACAUCACCAAAUACAUACUCAAUGAUAAGUUUCCCACAGUAUUUGCUCGCAGAAGAAAGCGAAGCAGCAAUUAAAGCGCAUUCUUGCAAAUCCAAAGAAGAUUUUCUCAAAGCAGCCGAACUAGUUAAGGACUCAGCUGAAGCUCUUGCUGUACUGAGGUCAAUGAUUGCACUCGUGGUCGCAGAUGAUAUAGUUUCUGCAACAUUAAGAGCAAUGAAAGAAAAACUAUUGCCGAAAGAAGAUAAAACCGAGGAAAUCGACUUCAAGAAUGAUAGUUUGAAUUAUUUCAGGCGCGUUAUCUUCUCUGGUUUCGAUAAUGAGAAAGCAUUAUCAUAUUGGAACAGUAGAGAGUCAUCGCUGACACAAACAGAGCCAGAUUUAUUAUUCGUUGCCCAAUGCAGGCUCUUGGAAUACUGGGAAAGUGUUCCUCAACGAAAUGUCAGAAAAAUCGAUGUAGAAUCACUUCCGAAAUCCAGAAUUACGAUUAUAAUGAAUGAAAGGGUCCAGGAGUUCCAUGAUAUUUUCCCACAAAAGAAACCUCCACUUGGAAGAUUUAUUUCUUUUCCAACUUUAUAUCCUUCAUUCUUUUUCGAUUUCCUGUCUGCCAAUUGCGAUGUCAAUGAUAUCUUUAGAUCAUAUUCAUUUUCCUUGACAAACAAAGAAGAUUUCGUAAAUACACUUAUUAAUUGGAUACUUUCUGCCCAACCAUCCGAAUUAUUGCUUUCACAGGACGUCCUCCAAGAAUUCUCUAACCUUGACAACAUAAAACAGAUCUUUGCCAAAACAGAUGAAAAUAUUGACACCCAGAAUAUUAAUGAGGCCGUUUUCAGUAUAAUUGCAGAGAAUAACUAA